CACAGCUGUUCCGGCCACUCUGGUACCGUGGUUCUUCAUCAUUAUAUAAUUAAAACUCCAACUCGAUGUGAUCAAAACAAACCUGGCAGAGCGCGAAACAAGUGUGAGAGAGUGUGCGGGUGUUACCACUGUGGACGAUGGUAUCGCGGUGACGGACAAAUGCCCACUUCUCCACACAACAGCACCAGCAGCAGCAGCAGCAGAGUAGAGCAGCAACUUUAGCAACAUGGAUGACGAGGGCGAAGCGGAGUCCACAGCCGGAAACACUCCCACAGCGACAGCAACAAAAUGGCUGGGACCGCCGACUUCCCGGCGUGCCAACGUCUUCUCAGAGCGCUUCUUUGGCGCUUUCCAGUGGGAGGAGUUCGCCUGCGGUUGCGGCGCAGCCUUCGUCAACAUCGCCGCCACCUAUCCCAUCUACAAGAUGAUCUUCCGGCAGAUGCUGCACGGCGUGCCCAUUACCUCGGCCUUUGCCCAGCUGCGGCACGAGGGUUUGGGUUUCCUCUAUCGAGGAAUGUUGCCUCCGCUGGCCCAGAAAACCAUCUCUCUAUCCAUUAUGUUUGGCGUGUUUGAUGGCACGCGGCGUUACCUGGUGGAGGACUACAGGCUGAAUGAUUAUGGGGCCAAGGUAAUUGCCGGCGUGGUGGCGGGCAGUGCCGAGUCCAUACUCCUGCCCUUUGAGCGUGUGCAGACCCUGCUGGCGGACUCCAAGUUUCACCAGCACUUUUCCAACACACCGAAUGCAUUCAGGUAUGUGGUAACCCAUCAUGGUUACCGGGAACUAUACAGGGGAAUAGAACCAGUAUUUUGGCGCAAUGGCCUGUCCAAUGCUUUCUUUUUUGUGCUCAGAGAAGAGGCCAGUGCAAGACUGCCAAAGAGGAAAUCCGUGUCCAGUCGCACGGCCCAGGAGUUCAUUGCCGGCGCCGUAAUCGGUGCCAGUAUCAGCACAAUUUUCUACCCGCUUAACGUGAUCAAGGUGUCGCUGCAAAGCGACAUGGGCCAGCGUUCGGAGGGCAGCUGGCAGGCAGCCAAGAGGAUUUAUAGAGAACGGGAUUGCCGCAUUGGCCACUUUUAUAGGGGAUGCGCCUUUAAUACAGGCCGCUCUUUCAUUAGCUGGGGCAUUAUGAACACAGCCUACGAGAACCUGAAGAAGCUGAUGCACCAACAGCCGCCGCAAAUGUCGCUGACUACGAAGUAAGUGGAGGAAACCUAAGGUGGUUCUAGUUAAGCACACACACAUAAGCCUUCUUUUAGCUAGCCAAUUUUCAUUUUGGGUUAAGUCUAAGUCUAAGUUGCUCGUGUCGAGAUGCUAUUAAGGUGCUGAAUUCUAGGUGUUUAAUGUACAUACACACACACAUCCUCCAUCCCCCAUAUCUGUAUAUCGAUUCUAUUGUCCCAUCGAAUGCCAAAGUUUUCUAGGGACUUAAACGAGAGCAUUUAUUGGAACCCAAAUCUACGAGUUUACGGUUUAGUUAGCUACUAUAACGUCUUGUUGUAAAUAAUACUUACUAGAUACAGUACAAUAUAAUGGAAUUGUGUUGUUUGUUCGCCGCUGAUGACUUUGUGAUUCAUUGAAAUUACUAAUAACUGAAUACUUUACGCUGUAAAUUCAAUGUUCUGAUAAAACAUAAAGAAAACAAACUAAAAUAAAAGUGUAUUUGUAAUUCAAAGUUUAA